AUUGUCUUCGUUACCGUCUGCGCAUGCGCAUAUUUGCAGUUUACCUGUGCGGCGAUAAGAAAGGAGACUCGCAGCAAGAACCUGGCACCAUACAAAUAGAGAUACUACCAGGAAAAUAAGUUGUUGUUGCAGUCAGGCACAAAUUGGAGUAAAUUUGGAAAAUUUGAAUUUGUUAAUCUAAAAACCGAAGGUAAGCAGAAACGUGAACCGGAUUAGUCUGGGGAAAUGCAAACGCGUCUGGCGGCGGAUCAUAAUGAAUUGCAGCGAAACCUUGGAAAUUAGGUAUAAAUGAGAAUACCCGAAAGUACAAGCGGAUAUUUCCAGUCUCGUGUGCUAAAUAUGUGUUGUCGAUGUAGCGGGUCCUUACAGCCUGGCUAUUCAAGUUAAUAAAUAGACGUAGUGCAGUUCAGAGGCGAUCAGUCGCUUUGAUACGUCAGAAGCAGUACAACUUUAAGAGCAUAACACUUUGAACGAUUGCUGAGAGAUGACACCUUCCAGAUUGCUGAAGUGCUUCGCGCUCAUAAUCCUGCUGGGCCUAGGAAGUUCGCACGCAGUGCCACUAGAUGCAGUAACGAAUGCGCCGACGCCACAAGUUGAAGUCGUCGACACAAAUGUAGCCGAAGCGCCAAGCCCUGGGGAUGAGCAUCAAACGCCCGCAAAUGAGACUGAACUUGAGGCUGCUGCCAGCGAACAAAAACCACAAACUCUUCCGGCGGUGAAUGCGGGCAGCGCGAAUGGUGAUGCGGCAACCCCGAUGUAUGCCGGCUUUCUGACACCCGAGGCCAUUCAACAGUAUAUUAGUCAAUUUGGUGCUGCCUAUCCCGGUUAUGCGGCCUAUCCGGCGCCCAUCGGCUAUGCGGCAGCUGCGCCUCCUCCACCACCACCUGGCACUGGCCCCAUCUAUCCAGGUCCAUAUGUCGUGCAGACUGGCUAUGAAGGCUAUUUAGUGCCUACGGCUACUACAGCUGUUGAAGCUACGAAUAAUAGCAACAGCAACUCACUUCUAAGUCCCUUCACCUAUUUGACGAACCUCUUCUCGGUGAUGAUGAUGUCGGCUUUGUUUCGCGUCGUUGCCACUGUUCUCGGUGCGAUCGGCAUGAUAUUCUUUGGCGGCGCGCUGUCCAGAUUUGUCUGCAGCUUCACACCGCUUUGUAAUGUCACCACUACAGCUGUUGAGUAUUUGAAGAGCGACAAUGCGGAACGUGUGGGGCGCAUGAUAGCCGAGGGCAUGACACCGGAACGUGUGCGACGUGCUACGGUUUUUGUUCAGAACGCAAUACGCAAAUAUCACGAACUGCAAAAGCUUGUGGGCAGUGACGAGAAGGAUGACUAAGGCGCGGCUUUACUCUUGAUGAGGGCCUGAGAAGAGAUUUUUAAUUUCGAUAUUAGAUAAAUGUAAAUAAACCAUUCUAAAAUGUUAGUUAGAAAAAUAUAAAUAACAAAAUAAAAAUAAACUAACGGUAAUAAACCAACAUUUAUUGU